CCUCUCCACUUUUGUCAAAUAUACUUCCUCGGAGAACAGGGCCGUCGAAAAAAACAGGCCCAUAGUCUCUUUUGUCGAGCACACCACGAAAGGAGAAGGAGAGAGAGAGAGACAGAGACAGAGGAAGAAGGGACCGGCGGCCGCCCAAUCACUGUCAACACCAACCUAACCCCUUUAAUUAUCCAUCAAUUUGCUACUGUUUACUCUUAAAAAUGAGCGAUCGUGAAAAUUUUUCUGCUAGUCAAGAGGAGUUCUCUUCUCAUGAACAUGAUGAUGAUGUUACGGAUUCUAUGGAUGAUGAUGCUGAUAAUGGGGAGGUUCCUGUUGAACGUGAUGAUUAUGUUACGGAUUCUAUGGAUGAUGAUGCUGAUAAUGGGGAGGUUCCUGUUGAAGAAGUUCUACAUCUUGAUGAUGUUUAGAGAAUUUGUUGUAUUGGAGCUGGAAGAGUGGGAGUUUUGUCAAUGGCUGUUCUUUCGCACCACUGGCUAAAUAAGACAUUCGUUGUGGUUGACAGGGAUAUAGAUCUCAUCAAUAAUAUAAAUGGUGUUAACGAAGAGAAUGAAAGAUUGAUGUUGUUUUCAGAACCUGGUAUGGAUGAUUUACUGGAUGAAGCUAUGCAUGUUAAUUAUAAUUUGGUAUUUAGCUCCAAUAUUGCUGCUAAGCUUGACCUUUGUCGGGUGAUAUUUAUUGCGGUUAAUAUACCGUUAAAAGAACAGCCCAGACAGGUAAAGAGUGAUUUUGAUGUCCAAAAUUGGGAAGAUGCGACCAGAGCUAUAUUGGAUUCAAUUGGCAGGGAACCAGUAUUGCGAUCUAGGUAUGUGGUUGUAAAGUCCACACUUCCAAUAGACUAUAAGAGGAACAUUCAUGAUCGUUUCUCUGAGUACAACAACUUCAACUAUCUUCAUAUCAUUACCAACCCAGAAUUUUUCUCCGAAGGCACGGUUGUUGAUGAUCUGUCAUAUCCUCAUAAAAUAGUGUUAGAAGAGUUUUUUAAUGGUGGUCGAGAAUUCUUUAGGGAUUUAUACUUGCCAGUGGUGGAGCAUGAUUAUGAUAGGAUUGAAAUGGUUACUUCCCUUUCUUCUGUUGAACUAGGUAAACUUUUGUCUAAUGCAUCAAUUUCAGCUCAACUAACUAUUAUGAAUAUCGGGUCUACCAUUUGCGGAAAGGUUGGUGCUAAUUUUGAUGAUGUGAAGAGAAGUUUUACGGCCAACCCUAGGGUUGAUGCUUUUUUUGUCGAUUCAAGACCGGGUUACGGAGGAUUAGGCUUGAACAAAGAUGUGUCCUAUCUUUCAUAUUUAUGUGAUUAUAUUGGAUUGAAGGAAGAGAUGGAACUUUUUAAUAAGUUAAUUAAAUUAAGAAGGAAGAAAAUGGAUGAUUUGGUGAAAACAAUUUUAUCCAUGAUAGGAUCUUCAAAGAGAAUAGCUAUCUAUGGUUUCUCCAACAAAGUUGAUACCGAUGAUAUUCGCGAGUCUCCGGCCAUUUACAUUUGCAAAGCAUUGUUGAAAGCUCGUGAUGUUCAUUUGGUGGUUUAUGAUCCUGCUGUUCCUGAUGAAAAUAUCAUCUCAUCAUUCUCUGAUAAAGCUAAAAAUCGAGUUCAUGUUGCUGCAAAUGCGUCUGCCGCUUGGACUAACACACAAGCUAUGGUUUUUCUGGUUGAAUGGAUGGAGUUUAAAACGAUGUUGCAGCAAGAAAUUCAUCAAAUUCUCCUUGCCAUGAGAAGAACAAAAUUUAUUUUUGAUUGCUGUGAUUUGUUUGACAACACCGUUAUUAUUCCAAAUACUCAUUUUAAACUCUAUAAGCUUGGAAAGCCUAUUUAGACUUGCAAUUGUUGACUUAUUCAGUUGAAGUGUAAUGGGAGUUUGAUUUAGUUAUAUAUGUCAAUCUCUUGGUUUUUAUGGUUAAUUUUUUAGGCUAUUAAUCUAUAUUUAAAUUUAUCAUAUUUACUAAUGUAUUUGAGAUAUUGCAUUUACAAUUAGAGAUUUAACUCUAAAUAUCUAUCUGCUUAUCUUUUUAUCUAUAAUCCAUGAAAAAAGUAAAAGUAGGUUGUGGAUUUUAUUUCUAAUUAGAAAGAGCUUUAAAGCAGAAGUUUUCAGGUGGUUAAUAAGCUAAAACCUCGAAAGGAUGAAGUGAUUUCUACUAUAAAAAUGGAACUCUAAGUUGAAAUAGUUUUACUGGUCCUAUUUUUAGUUGGCUGCCUUUGUUUUUUAUUUUUUUUUAUGUUAGGAAAUUAUGUUGCAUAAUUAGCAAUAGUUUCCUUCAUUUGACUGUGUGAUGAUGAUGUAUAUUUUAAUAUAUGUGCACUGUUCUAAUGUUUGCCCUUUACUAUACUUUUACCAAGUUUGUUGGCUUUCUGUUUUGUUCAUAAUUUGUUAGAGAUGUUCUGGAUUUGGGCAUUUCCCUUUGGUCGUUUGUGUUAUAAGGUUUUUGAAUGUUCAGAGUGGUGUGGUGGAUCUAUUUGGGAUUGUUCAAACCUCAUGGCAGUAUGAUGCAGUAAGUUGUUGCCAGAUUUUGUGUGAUUUAAUGUUUAGCUUUUAUUCCCUUGGGGAUUACAUAGAGGGAUUAGAGGGAAUGAUUUGUUAGCAAUUUUUUGCUUUCAAGCUCCUAUUUUUAUAAAAAAAAUUGUAGGGGGAGGGGAGGGGAGGGGGUGAUUUUCUAAGUGUUUUUUCCCAACCUACUUUAAGUAGUAGAUUUGCUAGUCGUUUGUUCACGAAUUUAUAGCUUUUGUUGUGCUUCAGGUUUUCCUUACCUUCUAUUCUGUUCUGCUGCUUUCUGCCUUUUGUUCCAAUUUGCAAGGCAUUAUAGUUGUUGAUUUGCUGAAUAGCCAAUCUCCUCCCUCUCUUUUAUGGCCUCUUGGAUCGAUUGAAUAUUUGAGGAAGGGCUAUUUAGAGAUUUUAUAUAGUUGUUAGUAGCUCAACUAUCUUAUUUAUGCUAUGCCUUCUUCUUUGCAGGUCAGCUACUAUUUAAAGACUAGUGUUGUUCUUUUCCAGAUUGUUUUUUUUUUAAAUUGUUUUUUAACCUAUUCUACGUAGUCAGAAACUUGCUGACAGGGAAUUCAAUGUGUGGUGGAUGAUUUGGGGGGGUUUUUCUAGUGUGGCAGUAGACUUUCUGCAGAACGUUGCUGAUGAAUACACCAAUACUCCGACGUUACUUUAUACGUUUGCAUUUCUAGUUCAUCAAUGAGCUCUAGAAGUCGAAAAAAGAACAUAUCUCGGGACCUUUAUGAUGCAGUUUCUUUUGCAAAACUAUCUCCUUUCUGCAAACUUAAUUGUACUGGUUGGUUUACCUUCUCUGGGUUGAAGUAAGUUUUGAUACUUUUUGACUAAUAUAACUUGUUGCAUUUGGGCUGACUUGUAGCUUAUAUUGUAUCGUUCCCUUUUUGUUUCUAUAACCCUUCUUUGUGAAGGCAAUAUUUUAACACAUCUUGUGAAUGAUAAUAAGCCUUUCCACUACAGUUCAAUCUAUGCUUUUGCUCUUCACACAUCAGCCUGCCCUUUCUCAUGGACUUGCUUCGGCCCACUGCAACUUCUGGCUGCUGGUGUAUUGGAUAUCAGUAGCAUUACACAUAUGUUAUCUGGCCACCCUCAGCAAAAUAUGGUUGCCAUAUUAGAUGUUAUCAUGCCAGUAACCGCUAUUGGUAUUUCCUAAUUCAAUUGUCUUGGCUUAGUGUCUUAUAAUUAUGUCUUCUCAUGGUGCUCAGGGGAACCUGGUCAGGAACAGUUAUUGGGUAAAUUGCAGCUGUUGACUCUAGAAUAAUCAGAGGACGUGGAAGACGUGCAUUCUGUAGAAACAUUGGUGAUUGGAGCUCUUACAUCAGGUACUGUGUAUCUGCAUAUGCUUGUUUUAUGGUGUAAACCAAAUAUGUUGAUAUUCACCACGUUCAUAGAUAAUGAUCAUCAUUUUUGUGUGUUAUUUACAUCACCUUGGAUUUAAGGAUGUUACAUGGCUUGUCCCAAGUACAAUUGUGCUACUUGCAACCUGAGCACCUCAUGCCAUUAUAUUAGGUCUUGCAUCACCUUAAAUUAAAGGAUGUUACAUGGCCUGACCUAAUUUCCUGUAGUAUUCUAUCCGUAUAUUUGUACUCAGCAUUGAUAAAAGUGAUUCAUGGUUUUCAUGUUUAGUAUCUGUUGCAUCUUUACGAUAGGCGGUUAUUAGCUGUGAUUAUUUUGUUUAAGUUUUUUUUUUUUGCUCCAUGGUCAUUUGACUUAUUAAAUGAGUCCGUUUAGUGUUUGCUGUGUUAUGCAGUGCUGAUUUGUUUUGUUAGGAAUCUAUCAUAUGCUUUGGUUGUUUCAUCAUUACAUGGUAUGUAAGAAUGGUGAAUUAAACUUGAUGUUUUUAGGAUUCUACUCAGGAUCUUUACUGUGUAAGGCUUGUGCUUGUAGACCACACUGCUCCUUUUCAAGGCCUUUAUUAUUUUUGGUGCUUAAGUGGCAGGUAAAUUACUUACAUUUAUGUGCACUUUUUAUUAGGUCGGUCUUAAGUAAUAAUGGAUAUAACUAUGUGCAAGGAAUUAAUAUUAGGGGAAGGGUAUGUUAGUCAUAGCCUAUUAAUAGUAGCUUGGGGAAUAAGUUAGAGUUUGUUAUGAGAGUUUUUCUAUAUAUAGGCCUCAUUAGGAGGAAUAAUCAUCAUGUUGAAUAUUGUGAGGAUUCUUAUCGGGAGAGAAUGAGCCUCUCGAAAGCUCAUGUUAGGAGAGCAUCCACCUCUCGAAAGUGGAAUUAUCGUUCUAUUAAUGUAAUUCACCUAUUAUCAAUAUAAUCAGCAUUGUUCUUCCCUAAUCUUUGCCAUAAUUAGAGUUGUAAUCUUGUCAGAAACCAUGCUAAUUCCUAGCACUAUGCUGAUAGAAGUAAUAUUUGAGCCUAAAUAAAGUUGGGUAAAAUGACUUUUGAUACAUUUGGUUUAAACAUGUGUCUGAACUACCUAUCAGUGGAUUAAACAAAUACAUGCACUUGCAUAUAAGCUUAAAAUAAGCUUUAAAUGAUAAGUCCUGUGUUGUCUUUAUAAUUAAAAGAUUAACCAAGGUUCACAUGCAGCCAGUUGGGCAAAAACCUAGAUUAACAAAGAGACAUCUAUUAUCUCUCUUAUAUUAGUUAUUUGUGCAUGGCGGUUUUGUUUGCUAUUAGAGCUCAGAUAUGAAAACAUCAAGGUCAAUAUUUUUCAUAUAAAAGGUUUUAUAGAGCCCGCAUUUAAUCAGUCUAGCCAAUUAUUGUAAUAAUAUUUGUCUAUUGCAAUAACCCUUUUCGGUAUCAGUCAGGCUAGGCUGUUAUCCAUAGUGGCUUGUUAUAGCAGCACUUCCACAAUGAUGGACUAUGUAAAACAUUAAAUUUAUGCUAUUUCAUUGUUCAACUUGUAACAGAACCCUAUGAACAGCUAGUCAUAACCAGGUGUGAAACUAAAAAUAAAAUAGUUGUGUUAGGCUUUGAAAUGAAAAUUAAAAUUUUUGUGAUCUCGAGAUUACAAAUCUAUACACCUUCUAUAAAUAUGAGAAAAUUGUUACUGUUGAAUGAAUAUUGAUGAGACAUUUUGGCCCUUCUUUCCACAUCGGUUCCUUAUUGCCUUUUUUUGCUUGUCACGUGGACGUUGUUUGGGAUUAGUACUUUUUCUCUCUCUCCUCCAUUGAAGCACGCUGAAGCAUUCUCUCCAUUAAAACAGCUUUUUGAAGUAGAUGGUUAUCCUUCUUUAUAGUCAUCAAAUAUCUUCUCUCCUUCUGAUUCACUUUCUCUCUCCUCUGAAAUCAAAUUGUACCAGAAAUUCAGCAUCAAUUUGACCUAGGUUUUUAAGUUUAGGUGAUGAAAUUGCAGAUGAUGCUUGGGUUUUCUAUCUCCUUUCAUCAACACUGCUUCUUCUUCAAUUCAAUCUCUACAGUACUAUGAGGAACACUUUGACGAUACUUUUGUUAUCAGGUAUGAAUAUAUGAUGAUACUUAUGAAUACAUAGUUUUCAGCUUACAUGUAUUCACCAUACAAAUUUUACCCACUUCCUGAAAACCCUAUUUGAAAGCUCUAUUUCCUUAAUUGCCCAGAUUAUUGCGCAUAACCCUUUUUUUGUUUUAUUUUAUGUGUUUUAAGAUUUGAGUUACUAGGAUGAAGGACAAAUCAUCGAAAUUGCCAUCAGCAUCACCUUUUAAAUUGGCAAGUUGUUUGAUCUUGAUGUUUCUUGGGAUAAGUUUAACUUUCUUGUCUUUGAGAUUAUUUCUCCUUUUAAAUUUCUUUUAUUUUUAGGAAAAUUAUUCUUGAAUUCGUAUUGAUGCCCUACAACUGGGUUUGUUAGUUAAGUUUGACAUCAAUAUGAUUGAUUUAGGAUUAUGUAGAAGAUUGUAGUCCAUCUUAAUUAGUGGGAUUUAUUGGAGUUUUCGCCAAUUUUCCAAAUUAAUGAGAUUUAUUGCAAGGUAUAAUUGAAUGAGAUUUAUUGCAAGGUAUAAUUGAUUUUAAUUGGUGAGGGAAUCACUUCAACGAGAGGGGGUGAACUAAUGUUAGGGUGAAAGGGCAACAUAUAGGAUAACAUGCAGAGAGGAGGGAGAAAAUAUGUAGAGUACUUCAAAAGACCAUUAUAGUGUGAGGUAAAGAUAUGCACUUUCACCGGUCCAUAGGCUCCAUACUUAUGUUGUAAACUUGGAAUGUCGAGUGUUACAUGGAUACUCAAGUAGGGGUGAAAGUUCGGUUUGCGGUUUGUAUUAUGGCCAAAACCGAAUCCAAUUCGAAUUAAUUCGGUUUUGGAUUUCUCAAACCGAAUCUAAACCAAAUUGAGAUUUGGUCCAAUCCAAACCGAACCUAACCAGAUUAAUUCGGUUUUCAUAAUUAGAUUCCAAUCCAAACCGAAAUUUGUCCCUCCUUUUGCAACAUUCGAUCUCGAAACCCGAACUUCACCUAGAAAAUUCCUGCAAUUAUUUAACUUUUUCUCGUUGAGUACAUUCGUAUGACUCCAUUUCCCAUUUUCACCACCACUCAAUCUUUCAUCAACCUUCCUUUCUCUCUCAUCAAUGGCAGGCAAUUGAUCUGAUCACAACAUGUUUCUCUCUCCUAAAUUUGGGUUUCAAAAUUAAUUGACUGUGUCCAUAUAUUUUCAGGUUCUUGGUACUCCUACUAGAGAAGAAAUUCGAUGAUGAAUCCCAACUAUAUUGAUUUUAGGUUUCCACAGAUUAAAGCUCACCCUUGGCACAAGGUUAUUCCUAAAUGAAUGCCUCCUGAAUGAAUGCCUCCUGAAGCCAUCAAUCUUGCUUCAGGACUACAGUAUUCACCCAAUCUUUGUUGCACUGCACUUGCAGUUGGAAGCAUGUGUUCAUCCUUUCUUUGAUGAGCUUCGUGAUCCCAAUACUCGCCUUCCAAACGGUCGCCCACUGCCACCUCUUUUCAAUUUCAAGCAAGAAGUAAGAUGUAUAUACUGAGGGUUUCAAUGGUAUCUAUCAGAGCAGCUUUGAAGCUCCAACAUGGCGGUGUCAAGGUCUAUUAUUGGGACCUUGACAAUGAAAUGGCCCUGAUAAUUAUAUUUUCUAUUCAUUUGCAUCUUCUUCUGCUAACUUAUAUCUUAACAACCUGAAGCAUGGGAACUACGGGCUACUGACGAGGUGCAAGGUUGAGGAAUGACUUCCGAGGCAUUGAAGUAUGAAUGAUCUCUUAGGUUCUUACUCUCCUUGAUUACUCUAUGUAUUUGGUUGCCUGAUUGGAUGCGUUGGAAGGAACUCAUUAAAUCAUCUUUGCAGAAUUGGUGCUGUCGCUCUCUAUGAUGUUCUUUAGAAAAGGGCAGGGGUUGGCAACUUGGCAAGUAGUAAAAAGAAAAAUAUAUUUUUAAAAGCCUUACAAAGAAGAGUGGGUUGAAGAAAGAAAGAAGGGGGGAAGGAACAAGAGGGGGAUGAAUAAAAGAUGGGAUAGUGGUAAAGACCAAUUUUAACACCUUUAGGAUACUUUUAAAUUUGCAAAGCCUUAAAAGACGAGUUUGAGGAUGAUGGAGGAAGAGGAGGGCGAGAAUAUAAGUUCACCAUUUUUAAAGUGUAGUUGAGGAAGAGAUAUGGAGCACUUUUAGAGAGAGAGAGAGUGAAAGGGAGGGGAGUAAGUACAACCUAUAAUUUUCAAAGCCAUUUAAAGGAGGGAACAUGGAGAAGAAGGAUUUGGCAUUUUAUUGGGUAACAUGGUACAAAUCAAAGUUGGGUUGAGUAUAGUUCGCAUUGAGAUCAAUUAGAAUUUUCAGAAAUUAGUUUAGAUCGAUGAAAUCGAUUGGAACAGCCAAAUUUACUUUAAAUUGCUAAAGAUUAGUUAUGAUCAAUUGAAUUUAGUUUUACAGUUUGGUACGAAUCAGAGUUGGCUUGAAUUAAAGUAUGUAGAAGAGAGCAAGACCUGUUGUGUGAAGCUGAUGCUGCCCCGUUGCUUCUGUUUUGAUUUAACUCUGCAUGUCCCAUCAAGUCAGCCAACUUCAUUUUUUAUAAUCACGUUAACAAAAGUAAUCUGUUAGGGUUACCUUUGGGCUCUUGUAAUUUGUCCUUGUUAGUUUGGUCAAGGGCGGUGUUGUGGGUUGGUGUUUUGGGUAAACAGCCGCAUAAGAACAGGGAUUCAGUGGGCUAAAUGUAAGAUCUUUGGGAAGUCUCAAACAAAUAAUUAUGAAACUACCCAUUUUGCUUUUAAAUUUGCGAUUUAUACUGGUUGGAUUAUAAAUGCACUCUUUUUACCAAAAAAAAAAAAAAAAAAAAAAACUAUACUCUGCGUGAUGCUGAAAUUGGCCUUAUUAUCUUUUCGUCUACUGGGAAGCUCUUUGAAUAAUCCAAUUCAAGGUCCCUCUUUCUUUCUGUCUUCUUCUUUAAACAUUAUUCUUGGUUUUUUUGCUCCUUUAGGUCUUGAUCUGAUGAAUAGUGACUAAGAUUGUGUGAUUACCUUGUGACUUUUUAUACGAUAUCUUAGAAUUAAUUAGAAUUAAAAUUUAUAAAAUUUUGAAGUUAUUUUUCUGUUAGAUCCAAUCUUUGGUUAGUAAAUUUGUUAGUGUUUGCUAAUUGAUUUCAGAGAUCUUGCUUGCUACACCUGCAAUUAGGCCUAAAAAAAUAUAGCUUAUGAAACAGUUGUGUCUGAACCACCAAGAUAAUAAUCAUAAAUUAUUAGAGGGGGGAAGCUUUUCAGCUUAUUGAUAUUCUUCUGAGAAGUUAAAUUGGCGGAUAUGAUCAACAUGGAGCAGUAUAUGUAUUUGUUUAAUAAUUAGAAGAGUUGACCUUUAAAGUGGUUGUUAGCUCUUUGUUUACCUUUCCAGUACCGGUCCUUGUAUUUGCUCUGGAUUUAUAUUUGCUUGCAAUGUUAUUCAAAAUUCCUGUAGCUGUAUUUGCUGUCAGUUUAGCUUGCAAAUGUUUGUUGAAGCCGAGUCUUCAACUAAUGCCUGUAUGUUAGCCAAUUGAAAAUUAUAUAUACCUGUAUGACUUAUGAAGAUUAAUUGAUAAAUUCUAUACUAAUUAUGGGCUAAAUAUCUGUGCAAUUUUGAGGUCAUUAAGGAACUUCAAUGAUGUUAACAUCGAUUCGUUGUGAAAGUUGAUUUUCCGCUCUGUACAUCAUUCUGUAGUACUUUUAUUUCAGUUUUCAGUUUUAAUAUAAAGAUACCAUGUCAUGUUACAUUGAUAUGCUUUCCUUGUGAUACUUUCAUCAAGUGGGAUUGUGGGUUUUUGGAGGAGCUUUGCAAGUUGAUGCAGUCACUGCUGCAAUUCUUGGAUUAUCUGUGCAGCUCAUUACUGGUGUUGUCACCUAGAAAGAAUGCUUAUUUGAGUCAGUUGCUUGGGAUACCCUUACAUAGUUUGCUGCACUUAUUGCCUGGUUAUUUCAACAAGUAUGGGCUCAUUUCCUGGUUCUGGGAAACCAUGGUCAAGAUUACAACAGAACGAAUAAAGGAUGAAUAAGUAUUGCCUGACAACGAAAAUGUUUUUUUGAAAUCCGGAAGCAAAUAGUUCUUCAGAAGGCUAAAAAAUUUCUUUAAUCUUAAAACCAGAAAUUUUGUAUUAACUUUGAAUUCUACUUGUAAAGGCCCUCUUAGUUACAUUAAAUGUAACAAGCAAGAUAAAUCUUACACUAUCUAUACUUUUAUAUAACUAUUUAUUUGGGUAUUCAGUUUGAGUUCAUUUUGUGUUAUACUGAGUUGUUACCCUUUCACGCAUAGGUUGGGUUCAAUUUUAUCAAUUUUGGGUCGGGUU